AUGAAUCGGCAGUCAACCCUACUCCACCAGAGGCUGGAGGCGGUCGCCGACCUCUCUGCCCUCUCCCCCGUCUCGGACGACAUCAUCGUUUCGUGCCUGCGCGAGCGCUUCCUCUCCGACAACAUCUACACCCACAUCGGCACCUCCGCGCUCGUCGCCGUCAACCCCCACAAGUACGUCGCGAGCAACGCCGACUCCGUCCUCUACAAGUAUUCCGCGGAGCACCGCAGCACCGCGGACGACAGGGAGCGUCUGCCGCCCCAUAUAUUCCAGCUCGCGGACAAUGCGUACUACCACAUGCGCCGCACGACGCAGGAUCAGUGCAUCAUUCUUAACGGCGAGACCGGGAGCGGCAAGUCCGAGAACCGCCGGCUCGCGAUAAAAACGCUGCUCGAGCUCAGCGUCAGCAACCCGGGCAAGAAGGGCUCGAAGCUUGCCCACCAGGUCCCCGCCGCGGAAUUCGUGCUCGAGUCCUUCGGCAACGCGCGCACGCUCUUCAACGCGAACGCCUCCCGCUUUGGGAAGUACACCGAAUUGCAAUUCUCGGACCGCGGCCGCCUGAGCGGCGUCAAGACCCUCGACUACUACCUCGAGCGCAACCGCGUUGCGGGCGCGCCGUCCGGCGAGCGCAAUUUCCACAUAUUUUACUAUCUGGUCGCCGGCGCGUCCCCGGAGGAGCGGCAGCACAUGCAUCUGACUGACAAAAUGACGUACCGGUACCUCGGCCAGCGGGGCGUCGCCGCGAGCCGGCAGGGCAUGCAUGACGACGACGCGCAGCGCUUCGACCACCUCAAGAUGGCGCUCAAGAACGUCGGCUUCUCGAAGCGGCACGUCGCGCAGACGUGCCAGCUGAUCGCGGCCAUCCUGCACCUGGGCAACCUCGAGUUCACGACCGACCGCUCGCGGAACGAGGACGCGGCCGUCGUGCGCAACACGGACAUCCUCGCCCUCGUGGCGGAGUUCCUGGGCGUGACGGCGUCCGCGCUCGAGACCGCGCUCUCGUACAAGACGAAGAUGGUCAAGAAGGAGCUGUGCACCGUGUUCCUCGACCCGGACGGCGCGUCGGACAACCGCGACGACCUCGCCAAGACGCUCUACUCGCUCCUCUUCGCGUGGCUGAACGAGCACAUCAACCAGCGCCUCUGCCGCGACGACUUUGUGACGUUCAUCGGCCUCUUCGAGCUCCCUGGCCCGCAGAACAUGACGAGCCGCCCCAACUCGCUCGACCAGUUCUGCAUCAACUUUGCAAACGAGCGGCUGCAGAACUUCAUCCAGAAGCGCCUGUUCGAGAGCCACGUCGCGGAGUACAACAGCGAGGGCAUCUCGCGCUUCGCGCCGCAGGUACCGUACUUCGACAACACGGAGUGCAUCCGGCUACUGCAGAACAAGCCGGGCGGGCUCAUCCACAUCAUGGACGACCAAGCACGCCGCCUGGGCAAGAAGACGGACCACACGAUGGUUGAGGCGUUCGGCAAGCGCUGGGGGAACCACUCGUCGUUCAAGGUCGGCUCCAUGGACCGCUCCGGCUUCCCCACGUUCACCGUGAACCACUUCAACGGCCCCGUCACCUACUCGUGCGAGGGCUUCCUCGAGCGGAACCUCGACGCCCUCAACCCCGACUUCGUGUCCCUCCUGCGGGGUGCCGGCGCCGGCGGCCAAGAGCCGUCGGGCGGCGAGGGCUCCGGCUCGAUCAACCCCUUCGUGCGCGGGCUGUUCUCCGGCAAGGCCAUCGCGACGCAGAUGCACCCACGCAACGAGGAGACGAUCGUCGCCGCGCAGCAGCCGAUCAAGCCGAUGCGCGCUCCGUCCACGCGCCGCAAGAACACGGUUCGGCGGAAUCCGACGCUCGGCGACAUCGAGGAGAAGGAGCGGGAGCGGGACGAUGAUGACGGGGACGGGGUGUCGCGCACGCUUAGCGGCGGGGGGAGCCCGUGCGUGGCGGGUGAGUUCCGCGCGGCGCUGGACACGCUGUUCGAGACGCUGGAGGAGACGCAGGCGUGGUACGUGUUCUGCGUGAACCCGAACGACGCGCAGCUGCCGAACCAGCUCGAGGGGCGCUCGGUGAAGGGCCAGAUCCGGAGCAUGGGCCUGCCGGAGAUCGCGCGGCGGUGCGAGACGAUGUUCGAGGUCGGGAUGACGCCGCGGGAGUUCUGCGAUCGGUAUCGGGAGCAGAUCGCCGGGGCGGGGGUUAGCGAGGGGGAGACGAGGGAGCAGGUCGAGCAGACGAGGACGGCGCUGGGGUUGGCGGAGAAGGAUUUGGUGCUGGGGCAGUACAAGGUAUUUUUGUCGCAAGUCGCGUUUCAUAAGCUCGAGAAUUACCUGCGGUCGAAGGAUGGCGAGGAGAUCAAGCGGAAUCGCAUGCGCGAGGCGGAGGCGGAGGCGGGGCUCGAUUUGAGGAAUAUUAGGGACCCUUACGCGCCCUACCGUGGGCCGGACGCCGACAUGCAUGACAUGCCCGCCCCGUACAACGGCGGCUACGGUGACCCCUUCAACCAGUCUAACCAGGCGCUGCCCCUCGUGUCCAACGCGUCUCCGUUCCAGCGCGCCGACAUGUACGACGACUACGACGAGCGCCGGUCGCUGCGCAGCGAGGACUUUGACGCGCGGAGCAGGCUGACGAGCAACCACGAGGAGACGGCGUCGAUCGCGACCGAGUCGUACGCGCCGUCGCGCAACAUGUUCCAGAACGCGGACAAAAAGGCGCUCUUGGAGAAGGAGGCGCUGCCCGGCGAGAUCCAGGAGGGGGAGACCACGGAGGUCGUCAAGGAGACGUCGGCGCGGCGGCGGUGGGUCGCGCUGUGCUGGCUCCUGACGUGGUGGGUGCCGACGCCGUUCCUCAAGUGGUUUGGCCGCAUGAAGCGGUUCGACGUGCAGCAGGCGUGGCGCGAGAAGCUCGCGCUGAAUCUGAUUAUUUGGUUCAUCUGCGCGUGCGCCGUGUUCGUCAUCGCCGUGCUCGGGAACCUCAUCUGCCCCACGGAGCACGUCUUCUCCACGAACGAGCUGUCCGCGCACUCGUUCGCCAACGACCCGAAUAACGUGUACACAUCCAUCCGUGGCGAGGUUUUUGAUCUGACGGAUAUCGCCGCGACGCAUACGCGCAUCGUGCCCGUCGUCGCGUCCAAGUCGAUCUUGGCGUACGGCGGCAAGAGCGCGGACGAUCUGUUCCCGGUGCAGGUCAGCGCCCUCUGCAACGGCGUCACCGGCAGCGUGUCUCCCUACGUGACCUUGAAGUUCAGCAACAACACGGACGUCAACUCGAAAUACCACGACUUCCGCGUCUUCACGAACGACUCGCGCCCGGACUGGUAUUUUGAGAGCAUGACCGUCAUGCGCUGGAAUAACCGCGUCGGUUUCGUCGGUUACACGCCGAAGGAGAUCAAGAACAUGGCUAGCCAGAAGCGAUCCUUGGCCGUCUACAACGGUCUCGUCUACGAGAUCACCGACUAUAUCCAGUUCCCACCGGCCACGCAGGCGCCGUCCGGCGAGCAGGUCCCGAGCGGCAUCAGCACGCAGUUCCUAGACAGCUCGGUGGUAGACCUGUUCCAGUUCAACGCGGGGCAGGACAUCACGAAGCAGCUGGACAACCUGAACAUCGACAGCGACGUGCUGGCGAGGCAGAAGGUCUGCCUCCGCAACCUGUUCACCAUCGGCAAGGUCGACAACCGCAACUCGGCGCAGUGCCAGUUCGCGACGUACCUCCUGCUCGUGCUGUCGAUCAUCAUGGUCAGCGUCAUCGGGUUCAAGUUUUUAGCGUCGAUCAACAUCAGCUCCGCGCGCGCGCCCGAGGACCAUGACAAGUUCGUGAUCUGCCAGGUGCCCUGUUACACGGAGGGCGAGUCGUCGCUCAAGGGCACCAUCGACACGCUUGCGCAGCUCAAGUACGACGACAAGCGCAAGCUGCUCGUGAUCAUCUGCGACGGCAUGAUCGUCGGUUCCGGGAACGACAAGCCGACCCCGCGCAUCGUGCUCGAUAUCCUGGGCGCGGACCCGAACCAGGACCCGGAGCCCCUCAGCUUCGUCUCUUUGGGCGAAGGCGCCAAGCAGCACAAUAUGGGCAAGGUCUACUCUGGGCUGUACGAGACGCAGGGGCACGUCGUGCCUUACCUCGUCCUGGUCAAGGUGGGCAAGCCGACGGAGCGCUCGCGUCCUGGGAAUCGCGGCAAGCGCGACUCGCAGAUGAUGGUCAUGCACUUUUUGAACAAGGUCCACUUCAAUGCGCCGAUGAACCCCUUCGAGCUUGAGAUGUAUCACCAGAUCAAGAACGUCAUUGGUGUCAACCCUACUUUCUACGAGUAUUUGCUUACCGUCGAUGCCGAUACCACCGUCGACCCGAUGUCGGUCAACAGGCUCAUCUCUGCCAUGAUUCACGACAAGAAGCUUCUCGCUGUGUGCGGUGAGACGGAGCUGUCCAACUCGAAGCAGUCGAUCGUCACGAUGAUGCAGGUGUACGAGUACUUUAUCUCCCAUCAUCUGGCCAAAGCUUUCGAGAGUCUCUUCGGUUCCGUCACCUGUCUUCCCGGUUGUUUCUCGCUCUACCGCCUGCGCACGCCGGACACGCACAAGCCCCUACUCAUCUCCAACCAGAUGAUCACGGACUACUCGGAGAAUCGCGUGGACACGCUGCACAUGAAGAACCUUUUGCACCUGGGCGAAGAUCGGUAUCUGACGACGCUACUGCUCAAGCACUUCCCGAUGUUCAAGACGCAGUUCGUCCGGGAUGCGCACGCGUUCACCGUCGCGCCCGACGACUGGAAGGUACUGCUGUCGCAGCGUCGGCGCUGGAUCAACUCGACGGUGCACAACUUGGGCGAGCUGAUCUUCCUCGAUCGUCUCUGCGGUUUCUGUUGUUUCUCAAUGCGCUUCGUGGUCAUGAUCGACCUGCUGUCCACUCUCGUCGCGCCUGUCACCGUCGCCUACAUCGUCUAUCUUAUCUAUCUGACGGCUGGCGAGCACAAGGCCAUCCCGACGCUGUCCUUGAUCAUGAUCGGCGCGAUUUACGGUCUACAAGCGCUCGUAUUCAUCCUGCGGCGCAAGUGGGACAUGAUCGGGUGGAUGUUCUUCUAUAUCCUGGCUAUUCCCAUCUUCUCGUUCUUCUUGCCGCUGUACUCAUUCUGGAAGAUGGACGACUUCUCGUGGGGUGCGACUCGUCUCGUGUUGGGAGAGUCGGGCAAAAAGUUGAUCGUUCACGACGAAGGCAAGUUCGAUGCCCGCGCGAUCCCUCUCAAGUCCUGGAACGACUAUGAAAAUGAGCUUUGGGACAAGGAGUCCAAUCACAGCAUUGGGUCCUGGGCGCCACCGGCCAAGCUGAAGAACGAGGGCUACGCGGAAUCUCGGACGUCGGUAUAUGGUCGCGAGACGUACUACGAGCCGGCGCACCCUGGAGCGCGCAGCUUCUCGCCGUCUCCUUCUCAGUUUGGGGCCAUGGGCUUGUACGCACCUCCGCACGCGCCGCCUCCAGGUUACCAGUCGGGCCGCAACACCCCGACGGGUGGGUUCAUCAACCCCGCAUCCAACCCCAUGCUGUACCAGCCUGCGCCAUCACGCCCGACGACGAACUACCUCGACAUCAACCUGCCCUCGACCCGCAGUCCUCAGGACGGAGAGUUUGGGAUGUCGGGUCCGUCUGACGCGGAGAUCGAUAGGGCCGUGCAGGAGGUGCUGCGAGACGCGGAUUUGAACACUGUGACGAAGAAGGAGAUCAGGAGGAAGCUCGAGGACAUGUUUGGCGUGGAUUUGACGGGGAGGAAGAAGACGAUUAACGAGGCUAUCGAUCGGGAGCUGCUGAACAAGGCAUAGUUACCACGGCCGGCACGAUGACGAUCUGUUUUUUUCUCUCUCAUUCAGGACUUGGCAUGGUUGCGUACAUUUUGGACCUGCGGUUUGUGUUGUCAUGACUCCCGUUCUUUUUUUCUCUUUCUUUCCGCGUUUGUUCGCUCGUUUUAAUGUGGCAGUUCCCGAUUUCUGUGUCGGGUCUGUGUCUCAAUUUACCCGUCUCGUCUCAUCCCACUCCAUCAUGCUCAUGGUAACCCCCCGUCGAUGUCUGUCUAUGUCGUCUCUCUCGACCCUAGCCCUAUCGGUAACCGGACUUUGCAUCGCAUCAUUGUGCUCUAAGUACUUAAUUGGUCUCGCAUAUACAUAUAUCACAUAGAAUCUGACAUUGGGAGAAUGGGUAGGGAACGUGUAAGGUGUGGAUAGGAAUGCAAGAGAGUCGGGAUCGACGCGGAGAAUGUGGGGUAGACGCGACGCGUGAUAGUUCGUAGUUUGCGCUGAAUGUCGCCAGGACGAGGCGUACAUAAAAGUCGCGUCCGAUUUAUUUUUGUUUGUCGUUG